AUGGAAACCAAGAACGACGUUCCCCUCUCCGGGGACACAAGCAGCAAUGUCGAGGGACAGGUAUUGGACAAUGAGAUAGACCCCAUCAAGGAGAGAAGGGUGGUGAGAAAGCUCGACUUGUUCAUCACACCCGUCUGUUUUAUUGUCUACUUGUCCUGCUUCAUUGACAGAGCGAAUAUUGGGAAUGUGAAGGUUGCGGGAAUGCCUAAGGAGAUUGGGGCUACGGUUCAACAGUUCUCGACUGCCGUAUCCAUUUUCUACGCGACAUACGUUCCAGUGGAGAUCCCUAUGGUUAUUUUGUCAAAGCGCUAUCAACCUCGCAAUUUGCUUACGGUCCUUUGCGUCAUCUGGUCGGUGACCACUAUUGCCAAUGGUCUGAUCCACAACGUCAGCGUCGGUGGUCUCUUGGCAUACGGCCUACUGCAAAUGAAUGGUGUUGCUGGAAUGGCCGGUUGGAGAUGGGUGUACAUCAUCGAGGGGAUUUUCAGCAUCCUCUGCGUUUUCGCCGUUUGGUUCGGCUUGCCGAGGGACAUACGAAAAGCCUACUUCUUCACAGCCGACGACCGUGAAGUCAUGGAAUUGCGACACCGAGAGCGCUUGGCCUACUUAGGGAGCGAUGAGUUUGACUGGAACGAAAUCAAGUUGGCUUUCUGCGACGUCAAAGUCUGGCUCUGUGCGGCCACACAGUUCUGUCAGAACACUCUCACAUACGGAUUCAGCACGUUCCUUCCGUCCAUUCUGUUUGGCAUGGGCUAUGAUCAGCUGGCAAGCAACUACUUGACGAUUCCGGUAUAUACCGUGGGUGCCCUUGGCUUUUUUGCCUUUGCGUACUUAUCGGACAGGUAUAAACUAUGCGGGCCCCUGAUCCUAUCGUCCAAUGUUUUGGGCAUUAUUGGAUACGCCAUUCUGAUCGGGAUGAAGAACGACUCUGUUAAGUACUUUGCGUGCUACUUCAUCGCCAUAGCCGUACACAACGGCACUGGUCUGAACUUAGCCUGGAUGAACGUCAAUGUGGCGCCUCAGUAUCGCCGAGCCACCAGCAUUGGCAUUCAUCAAGCGGUUGGAAAUUCAGCGGGCGCCGUUGCUGGGCAAAUAUAUCGGACCGCUCCCUAUGUCCUCGGCAACAGUUUCUCUCUGGGUGCCAUCUUAGUGGCUGAGAUGCUAAUCACCGCGCAUCUGCUGUACCUUCACCGUUGCAACAAGGAAAGGGAGCAGAUUCUCUCGGGUAAAAAAUUGGACACACGGAAGAAGACUACCGGCGACCGAGAGGCGAGCUUCGUAUAUCGCGUCUGA